UUCUAAGUGUGUCUAGAAGCUGAUUAGUCAAUGCUGAAUAACCCAUAUCUGACCAUUAUCUGUUCCUUUAGGAAGACAAGUAUGAAGAACUAAAAAUGUACUUCUCCAAGAAGAAAUGGGCAGAGCUGCAAGAAUGGGAGAAAGUCAUAUACAAGAACCAGAAACAGAACCAUGAAGCAAUGAUUGCCAUAGGGCUGAAUUCACCAAAGCCAGAAUUUAUGCGUCAGCCGCCCCGGAGAAAGCAGACUCCUGUGGAGGACAACGGUGACUCUGACCCAGCAGUGAAAAACUUUAGACAAUCUACUGUGAGAGCUUCCACAAAAUCUAAAAAACAAGAGGUCCCAGUGACAAGCGGUUCUGUUGCUGCUCAAAGUAAAGAGUCCCCUGAAUCUGAUUCUGAUGAAAACAGAGAUGAUACGUUUGAAGGCUUUGAGGAUGAGGAUGAGGAUGUGGCUGUUUUCAUUGAAUGCAACAGCAGGAAUGAAAAAUCGAGACAGUAUGCAUUAAAAAAAACAGCUUAUACCCUGCUGGGAAUGCACAGGUCAUAA